AUGUCGCCAGACUCCCGCGCCUUCUCUUUAGCGCUGUACUUUGUAUUGGCGCGGAUCUCCUUGACAAUCCUGCGGAACCCUUUCUUUAGCUCCCCAAGAGACUGGCCUUCAACGUCGGCGGAAUCGCUCACCUUCAGCUUAAGCAACAGGUCCAGGUCGUUGCCGAGCUCGUCCUCAAUGAACUUCUUGAUCAAUUGUUUGUCGUCUUUGGCGACAGAGUCCUCGAUCACCUUGGACAUGUCGGUUUUCUUGAGCAGUAGCAAAUCGUCCUCGUCCAGUUUGUUUCCAACAGUUCUUUUUCUGAAAAAUGUCACAAUAUCGUUAAUGUUUGCAACCUUACCAACAAACCGAUUGGAAAAACGGCGCGGAUUUUCCACAUCGUACCCUCCGCUGUACUCCACACGCAAUCUGAUCAACGGUAAUGGGAUGUCUAUAUCAACGAGCGUUUCAAGAAGUUCCUUGUUGGCGUCUUUCCACUUCUCGGUAGCCUGUUCUAUCAAGGACUCCACCUCGUCUAUUAGCAAAUUUGUCACCUCGUCCUUGCUACCAGAGGUGGCAGGGAUCCCUGACUCGCUCAGAACAACAUCUUUCAUUGCAAAGGGACGCACAGACUUCAGCCGGAUGGGUUCCAGCGAGUUGAACCAGUCGUUGCUAUCGUCCGGCUGCAGGAACUCGACGUUUCCUGCCGCAAGCGUCCUUUUCAGCCGCUCUUCGCGAAUGCUUUGGAGCCCGUACAGGGCAAAGUUCGUGGAGCCUUUCUGGAACAACAGCGGACUGAUCUUGAUAUCGUCGUUAUUAGUGACGCGGCCAAAAUGGUUCAACAACCCGCCCACAGAAAGCAGGUCCAGCGGCGACAACAGGUCAUCUCCCGUUGCGUCGUCGUGGUUGCCCGAGAUCGCAUACACGGGCAUCCCAACGUUGAUGUUGGGGUCGUACUCGCACGGAUAG